AGGUAUAUUCUAGUUAUGAAGAUUUUUGGAAGAGAUGUCGGGGAUGGAUAUCCAGUUUUUAUCAUAGCAGAGAUCGGGCAAAAUCAUCAGGGUUCAAUGGAGGUCGCCAAGGAAAUGAUUGUACGAGCAAAGGAAAUUGGCGUCGAUUGCAUAAAAUUUCAAAAAUCCUGUCUUCCAGCGAAAUUUACACGAAAAGCAUUAGAACGUUCGUACACCGGAGAAAAUUCAUGGGGACGUACCUAUGGCGAGCACAAAACACAUCUGGAAUUCUCACUAUCAGACUAUCGAGCUUUGCAAAAAUUUUGUUCAGAUAUUGGAAUACUUUUCAGUGCAUCUGCAAUGGAUCCAAUCUCGCUGGAGCACCUGACAGAACUUCAGCUACCAUUCAUCAAAAUUGGUUCAGGAGAUGCUGAUAACAUUCCCCUACUGAGAAAAGCUGCAGUUACGGAUAUACCCUUAGUUAUAUCAACCGGCAUGCAAUCAUGGGACCAGGUUCAACAUAUUUAUUCUAUUUUUAAAAACAAACCUAUUGCUUUGCUUCAUUGCGUCUCGGCCUACCCCACUCCACCUUCGGAGAGCCUGUUGAAACUUAUUCCGCUGUACAAACGGUAUUUUCCAGACAUUGUCAUAGGUUAUUCUGGUCACGAGUUAGGGCUACAACUGACGCUAGCUAGCGUCCUCCUGGGUGCACGAAUCGUUGAACGACAUUUCACACUGGAUAAGGAUUGGAAGGGGACGGACCAUAAAGCGUCGCUGGAUCCAGCGGAAUUCGGCCGUUUGGUAGGCUACAUAAGAUGUGUGGAAAAUUUAAGGGUUAAUCAUGAAAAUAUUAUUAAUUUAUUAUCGAAAACCCUGAACGAGACUGAUUACAAUAGGGACGAGCUUUUGUUAGCUUUGAAACAAGUUUCCGCUAGUGAUAGAAAGCUGCUGGGGUCGGAAGUUGCCUGUCACAGUAAGCUAGGAAAAUCACUUGUAUUCAUGAGAGAUGUUCUGGAAGGCCAAUCGCUCACGGCCGCCGAUGUAGGCGUAAAGGUUAGUGAACCCCACGGACUUGCUCCUAUCUGGUUUGAUCGAGUUCUUGGUCUCAAAGUGGUUCACACGUGCCGCCAAGAUGAACCAAUUCAGGAGGGCGAUGUCGCGAUGCGCUUUUCUUCAGAUUUAUAUUAAUUGUUCUAUUUCACGUUGCAUUUUAUAAUUUGAGGACAAUUAUAUAGCAUUAGACUUACAAAUGUAAACUCCAGCAGUUUAAAAAUAGUUCGACACGAGAAGCAUAAACUGUUUUAUAUGUACGUCCAUAAUCACAACUUUAAAUAUCUACAGCGCUUGAGUUGAAUUUACACUAGGCGUGAUUCAAACAUUAUUUGACUUAUACAGGUUUAGUUUACAAUUAUAUGAUUAGCAGAUACUACAUAAAUUUAAAUCUUUAAGAUUUUAUUGAGACACCUGUCGUUUCGUAUCAUUUUAAAUAAGCAUAUUUAAAUGGAUCAUUCGGAUAUAUCAAUGCAUGUAGCGUCUUCUUAGUGACAGCCA